UUAAAUUGGUGUGCUAAAAGCAUCCUUUGGCCCCAUGGCAGGGAGCUUCAAAGGAAGAUCAAGAGGGAGAGAAAGAGGGUUGCUUUUCCUUUUUCUUCUCAGCUUCAUUUCCGUAUUUACAAUGGAGUUUCUGGUUUCUGGGUUUUGACGCUUUGAAAAUGACAAGAGAGGGAUACGAGACAAUGAUUAUAUGUUGCUUUCCCAUUUGCUGUAUCACUAUCACGUCUGUAGUAAUUCCACAAAGGCAAUUCAGGAGCUGAAUGGGUAUAAUGAUAGCAUUGAAAAGCCUGAAAUGAGUUCAGUUUCCAACAUUUGUGCUGGGAGACUGAAGUAGCUCUUAACAAAGAUUCUGGCACUGAUCUCAAGUCUUUAGUUGAUUCUUGCCUCGUGUUCAUUUGACACAUAAAGGAAUCGAGCUGAUUGCGUUACACAUCAUGUAUUCUUUUGAUAUGUAAUGUGGCAAUAACUGUUUGUGACCCAG